AAAUACACUGCCCGUGGGGUAGAACGCAUGUUCCCAUGGCAAAUGGAGUGCUUGUCGAAUCGUCUAGUAACGCAAGAGAGAAGGAAUCUCGUGUAUUCCGCGCCUACCUCCGCAGGAAAGACCUUCGUCGCUGAAGUCCUCUUAAUUAAGACCGUUCUAGAAAAGCAGAAGAAAGUGAUCUUUAUCCUGCCGUUUGUGUCUGUCGUUAGAGAAAAGAUGUAUUACUUUCAAGAUUUAUUGUCCGACAGUGGGAUAAGAGUGGAAGGAUUUAUGGGAGGAAACGUCCCGCCCGGAGGAUUUGCUGCUACCCACGUUGCAAUAGCGACUAUAGAGAAGGCGAAUUCUUUGGUGAAUCGUUUGAUGGAGGAAAAAGAUUUGAGUAGCUUAGGAGCUGUGAUAAUAGACGAAUUGCAUCUACUCGGUGAUCCUAAUCGUGGCUAUCUCUUGGAGCUACUUCUGACCAAAUUGAAAUACAUGACUGUCCACAACGAUGAUAUCAAUAUACAACUGAUAGGUAUGUCAGCCACAUUACCUAACUUACCUCUGCUAGCCAAAUGGUUGGGUGCGGAGCUGUACAAGACUGAGUUUCGGCCCAUACCAUUGAAUGAAUAUUGCAAGAUAGAAGCAAAUAUAUAUGAUAACAAAUUGAAUCUUGUCAGAAAACUGUCAGAGUUGCAAGAAUUAGAAACAGAUGUAGAUAAUAUUCUACAGCUUUGCAUUGAGACAAUAGGUGCCAGUCAUAGUGUGUUGAUUUUCUGUCCCACAAAGAAAUGGUGUGAGAAAUUGGCAGAACAAAUUGCUGCAACUUUCUUCAAGUUAGGUCGUGAAAAUACAAAGCUUGGUGAGAUAUUGAAGAAAGAAAUUACUCCUGAAUUAAUCCAUGAAACUCUGGAACAAUUAAAACGUAGUCCAAGUGGUUUAGACAAAAUUUUAAAAAACACGAUUUCGUUCGGCGUUGCGUUUCAUCAUGCUGGACUCACAAUGGACGAACGUGAUAUCAUAGAAGGAUCCUUCAGAACGGGAUCCUUGAGGGUUCUUAUAGCAACGUCGACAUUAAGUAGUGGAGUAAACUUACCUGCACGAAGAGUAAUCAUAAGAUCACCUCUAUUUGGUGGCAGUCCGUUGAAUACUUUAACUUACAAACAAAUGAUAGGACGUGCUGGUCGUAUGGGGAAAGACAGCGCAGGAGAAAGUAUACUAAUAUGUAAACCGAAUGAACGUAAUGCAGCUACGUCAUUGCUCUCUGCAGCUCUGGAUCCAAUUGAAUCUUGUCUCAAUGAUUCCACGCUACUAAUAAGGGCGCUCUUGGAAGCAGUAGCUAGCGAAGUUUUAUAUACAUACGAAGAUUUAGAACUGUACAUUAAUUGUACUUUGCUAAGCUUGAAUGAACAGUCUGAUGUGCGAACAUUUUCCAAUGAAGCGAUGAAAUUCUUAUUAGAUAAUGAAUUUUUAUUAUUACAAACUACAGAGCGGGAAUCUAGGUGGGUAGCAACGCCGCUUGGGAAAGCAUGUUUGGCCGCGUCUAUACCUCCCAGAGAGGGAUUGUUUCUGUUUGAAGAAUUACAGAAAGCACGAAGAUGUUUCGUUUUGGACACCGAAUUGCACGUGAUAUAUUUGGUAACUCCACUCUCGUCCGGAUGUCAAAUUGGAACUGUCGAUUGGAUGACGUUUCACGAAUUGUGGAACGCUAUGUCCGAAAGCGAGCGCAGAGUUGGAAAACUCGUCGGAGUAGAAGAGCGUUUUGUGUUGUCAGCUAUCAGGGGAGUCGUUAAACCUGGAAAAUCGUUGAAUAUACAUAGGAGAUUCUACAGCGCAUUGGCGCUACACGAUUUGGUGAAGGAAAUGCCGCUUCAUGCGGUUUGUAAAAAAUACGGGUGUUGUCGCGGAGUAUUGCAAACCUUACAGCAGUCUGCCGCCACGUACGCGGGUAUGGUCACGCAAUUUUGCAAGCAAUUAGGUUGGGAUUGCAUGGAAUUAUUGGUAAAUCAAUUUCAAACGAGAUUGCAGUUCGGCGUCUGCAGAGAAUUGCUAGAUUUGCUGCGUCUGCCGAUGUUAAACGGCUUGCGAGCAAGGAGCCUAUAUAAACAGGGAAUAGAAACC